CAGUUCGCAGACCGCAUUGCUGGCUGAAUCGCCUUCGCACCGCCACAGCCUUCCGUCGUCCUCUCCGACAUCGACUCGCACCGACCACUAGCGGCGCCACCUCCUCCUCAGCCCCAGCCAUGGCCGGCGGCGACGGCGAUCGCCACCGCGCGCCGAAGCGGCACAAGUCCUCGGCCCCGUCGAAGGCGGCCCUGGUGGACGAGAGCGCCGAGUUCGACUACGCCGAUGACUUCGACGACGAUGCCCUUGACGCGAAUACGGAGGUGAAGAAGAGGGAUUUCACGAAGCUCGAGUUGAAGCCGGAUCACGCGAACCGGCCCCUCUGGGCGUGCGCGGACGGACGCAUCUUCCUCGAGACCUUCUCGCCGCUCUACAAGCAGGCAUACGAUUUCCUUAUCGCUAUUGCUGAACCUGUGUGCAGGCCAGAAUCUAUGCAUGAGUACAAUCUAACUCCCCACUCAUUGUAUGCUGCGGUCUCAGUAGGACUUGAGACAAGCACUAUUAUUAGUGUCUUGAGUAAACUCUCUAAGACUAAGUUGCCUCGUGAAAUAAUUGACUUCAUCCACGGAUCAACUGCUAACUACGGCAAAGUGAAGCUUGUCUUGAAGAAGAAUCGAUAUUUUGUUGAGUCUCCAUUUCCUGAGGUAUUGAGUAACCUCCUGAACGAUGAUGUUAUAUCAAAAGCUAGGAUAUCUCCUGAGGAUUCCCUUGGUGCAUCUUCAUUUACUAUUAGCAAAACAUCUGGACAAGCUAGUGGCCAUGAAGAGUUGUUAAAUGGAAUGGACUUGGCUGCUGCAACUGAAGACAAGGAAACACAUUCUUUUGAGAUUGAUCCCUCUCAGGUUGAGAACGUCAAGCAACGGUGCUUGCCAAAUGCAUUGAACUACCCCAUGCUGGAGGAGUAUGAUUUCAGAAAUGACACUGUAAACCCAGAUUUGGACAUGGAGCUAAAGCCGCAAGCACGACCCAGGCCAUAUCAAGAAAAGAGUCUCAGCAAGAUGUUUGGAAACGGACGAGCAAGGUCAGGCAUUAUUGUGCUACCUUGUGGUGCUGGCAAAUCCUUGGUUGGUGUAUCUGCAGCCUGCCGUAUUAAGAAAAGUUGUCUAUGUUUGGCCACAAAUGCUGUCUCCGUAGAUCAAUGGGCAUUUCAAUUCAAGCUUUGGUCAACUAUAAAAGAUGACCACAUUAGUCGUUUUACAUCUGAUAACAAGGAGAAAUUUAGAGGGAUGGCAGGUGUGGUUGUGACUACAUAUAACAUGGUUGCAUUUGGUGGUAAACGGUCUGAAGACUCAGAGAAGAUUAUUGAAGAAAUCCGAAACAGAGAGUGGGGCUUGCUUCUAAUGGAUGAGGUUCACGUUGUCCCUGCACAUAUGUUUAGAAAAGUCAUCAGCAUCACUAAAUCUCACUGCAAGCUUGGUCUUACUGCUACCCUUGUGAGAGAGGACGAACGCAUUACCGAUUUGAAUUUUCUAAUUGGACCAAAACUGUAUGAAGCGAAUUGGUUGGAUUUAGUGAAAGGUGGAUUUAUUGCAAAUGUGCAGUGUGCAGAAGUAUGGUGUCCCAUGACCAAAGAGUUCUUUGCUGAAUAUUUGAAGAAGGAAAAUUCAAAGAAGAAGCAGGUACUUUAUGUCAUGAAUCCAAACAAGUUCAGGGCUUGUGAGUUCCUGAUUCGAUUCCAUGAGCAACAACGUGGAGACAAGAUAAUUGUGUUUGCUGACAAUCUAUUUGCACUAACAGCUUAUGCAAUGAAACUCCGCAAGCCAAUGAUUUAUGGUGCCACAAGCCAUGCGGAGAGGACAAGAAUUCUCUACCAAUUCAAGAACAGUCCAGAAGUCAAUACAAUUUUCCUUUCAAAGGUUGGUGAUAACUCGAUUGAUAUCCCAGAAGCUAAUGUUAUCAUACAAAUAUCAUCUCAUGCUGGUUCAAGGCGUCAAGAAGCUCAGCGUCUGGGACGUAUUCUCAGGGCAAAGGGUAAGCAUCAAGAUAGGAUGGCUGGAGGAAAAGAAGAAUACAAUGCUUUUUUCUAUUCUCUAGUGUCAACCGACACACAGGAGAUGUACUACUCAACAAAAAGGCAGCAGUUUCUUAUUGACCAGGGAUAUAGCUUCAAGGUUAUCACUAGUUUGCCGCCACCUGAAGAAGGACCUAAUCUGAGCUAUUACACGCUUGAUGAACAGCUUGAGCUUCUGGGCAAGGUGCUGAAUGCAGGGGAUGACAUGAUUGGCGUUGAGCAUUUGGAAGAAGACUCUGAUGGCAAGGCUCUUCUGAAAGCUCGUCGCUCUGCCGGAUCGAUGAGUGCCUUUUCUGGAGCCGGUGGAAGGGUUUACUUGGAAUACAGCACGAAGGGGAAGGGUGCUCCGAAGAAACCCAAGGACCCAUCAAAGAGGCAUCAUCUGUUUAAGAAGCGCUACCAGUAGGAUGCCAGAGAAGUUGUGUAGCCUGUUAUGCUUUGCUGACAAUGACCUGGUUCAUGAGAACCUUCUUGCUUGGCAUGAAAAUGUCGUUGGUUUUAACAGAGAAGCCAGGUUAUGCAAAGCUGUCACUUUCUGUUAGGGCAACCGUACUAGCAAUUACCCUCGUUUUGAGCAAGGUUUCUGAGCUAUUAUAUCGAGGACAAUUUUGGUCUUUGGCUUACGCCUGCUGCUUUCUGUUCGCAAACGAGGAUGUAUGUCUUCUUGAAAAAUGUAAAUAUUGUGUAAGGCUUGUAUGCAUAUUGAGCUAUAAGCACGCUAAAGCUGCAACGCGUCAUUAGCGAUGCUGAACGACCUGGCACUGGCCUUAAUAUUUUAACUCCAAAGAAAUUUAAAUUUUACAAUCCUGUGUA